GAGAGCUGCUGGUUGUGAGAGAGUGUGAGAGAGUGAGCUGCUGAAUAUGUGUGAGAGAGUGUGAGAAAGUGAGCUGCUGGUUGUGUGAAAGAGAGAGAGUGAGCUGCUGGUUGUGAGAGAGUGAGCGGCUGGUUGUGAGAGAGUGUGAGCUGCUGAAUAUGUGUGAGAGAGUGUGAGAAAGUGAGCUGCUGGUUGAGUGAGAGAGGAGUGCUGCGCUCCUCAAAUCAGAGAGGGAGGCGGUGCUGUUUGAACGGAGCGCGCGGAACGUGCUGCGCUCGCGCCUGUGUUUGGUUUCGCUGAAGUGCGCGCGGAUCCAGUGCGGAGAGCGUGUGCGCGCGCCGCGUUUCAGCGUGUUCUAAGCGCCGCAAACUUCAGCUGCUCGCGCUGCGCAGACAUCCUCUAACCCCCCCACGCUCCCCUCUCUCUCGCUCUCUCUCCCUCCCUCUAUCAGACCCUCACUCUCUGUGUCUAUCACUCACACACGCGGAGCGUUGACGUCACACCGUCCGUAGAGCGCGCGACGCUGUGGUGGUGCUGUGAGUAAUACCGGACGGCGAGCGGCUGAGGCUCGCGCUCAUUUCUCCGCGGACAGUUAUGAAGGUACUCGGAAUGAACGAGGCGCGCCAGUGCGCCGCUACCGCCAUCAUGGAGAGCAGCGGCUCGGGAGCGAACAAACCGCGGCGGCGGCACUGUCUGCGCGCGGCCGUCAACGGAGCUCCGUUCGUGUUCUCCGCCGUGUCCGUGGCUUUCUGCGUGCUGCUGGGUGUUCAGAACAACGACGUCCUCAACCGAGUGACGGAGCUGGAGAGCGCGCGUCUGUCUUGCCCGUCCUCAGCGCUGUCAAGCGAGCAGAUCAACCUGGCCAUUCAGGAGAGAGUGGACGAGCUACUGGCACAGCGCUCCUACGAACAGCUUGCCCGGAUAAGGACAGCCCGCCAGACUUCACCUGAAUGCAACUGCCCACCAGGGCCACCAGGGAAGCGAGGAAGAAGAGGGCGCAACGGAGACCCUGGACCCCCUGGUCCACCGGGUCCAAAAGGAGACAAGGGUGAUCAAGGAGACCAGGGGCCGCGGAUGGUCUUCCCUAAGAUCAAUCAUGGCUUUCUUUCUGCUGAUCAGCAGCUCAUUAAGCGCCGGCUCAUUAAGGGUGAUCAGGGUCAAGCAGGCCCACCGGGACCUCCCGGACCUCCAGGCCCUCCUGGUCCCAGGGGACCCCCAGGGGACACUGGGAAGGAUGGCCCUAGAGGACUUACAGGGCUACCGGGUGAUCCCGGAAAUCCAGGAGAGGUCGGCCCUGUGGGACCUGAGGGCCCUCCAGGACUCAAGGGUUCCAUUGGGCUGCCUGGCAAUCCAGGUAGUGACGGAUUAAAGGGGGAGGUUGGUAUAUCAGGAUUAGAUGGAAUUCCUGGUGCCAAGGGUGAAAGAGGAGAUCGAGGUGAAAAGGGUGACAUGGGAGAAGAUGGCCAGAAGGGUGACAUCGGUGAGAAGGGUGAUUCAGGGUCAUCUGCUGCUGGAAUUAAGGGUGAACCAGGCGAGCCAGGCCGAAGUGGACAAAAGGGAGAGCCAGGACUUCCAGGGCUGCCUGGACUUCCCGGAAUAAAGGGUGAACCUGGUUUCCUCGGACCUCAGGGUGAACCGGGCCUUCCGGGACUGCCAGGAACAAAGGGAGAGCGAGGAGAGUCUGGGCCAGCAGGAAAGGGUGAGCGUGGAGACAUUGGACCAGCUGGACAGAAGGGAGCACAGGGGGAAUCUGGAACACCAGGCCUCAAAGGAUCCAAGGGGGAUUCAGGAGAUAAAGGAGAUGUUGGCCUCAUGGGGCCAAGAGGCCCACCAGGAGAUAAAGGUGACCAGGGCACAACAGAAAUCAUUGACUACAAUGGAAACAUCCAGGAAGCUCUUCAGAAGAUAACCACUAUUACAGUGACGGGUCCCCCUGGACCUCCUGGACCACUCGGACCACAGGGCAUCAAGGGUGAUCAAGGUCCUCCAGGUCUUCCAGGCCUUGAUGGAGAAAGGGGUUACAAAGGUUCAAAAGGAGACAUGGGCAUGCCUGGUAUAUCUGGAGAUAAAGGAGCCAUAGGAUUGCCUGGACUACCAGGUGCCAAUGGUUUAAAGGGAGAUAAAGGUGAUGCGGGCCUACCUGGACCUCAAGGACCAUCAAUUGUAGGAUCCCCUGGAGCACCUGGGCCACAUGGCCCCCCUGGUCCAAUGGGCCCACAUGGAUUUCCUGGACCAAAGGGGGAGCCAGGUUUGCAUGGUGUAAAAGGCGUGAGAGGGGAGCCAGGCCACAAGGGUGAUCGAGGACCCAUGGGCCUCCCUGGAGCAUCUGGCUUGGACGGCAAGCCGGGAUUAAGGGGGAUGGAUGGACCAAUUGGUGCUUCUGGCCCUGCAGGUCCUAAAGGAGACAGAGGUGAGAAAGGUUCUGCUGGUGAGCCUGGGCCAAGAGGACCCUACGGACUUCCUGGUGCUGCUGGAACACCAGGCCUGGAUGGGUUACCAGGCUUAAGGGGAGAGAAAGGCGACGUGGGGGAAAGAGGAGAAAAGGGUUUCCGGGGCUUUAAGGGUGAAAAGGGCGAACCAGGCCAGCCUGGUCUGGAUGGGCUGGAUGCCCCGUGCCAAUUGGGUCCAGAUGGACUACCGAUGCCUGGCUGCUGGCAGAAGGGAGUCACACCUUGGCUGGUGGCCUGAAAAGUGGAGAUAGUGAUUUAUCUGGAGGUAGAAAACCAGAGAGAGCAAUUGUUGGUUUGCUUUUGCUUUAUUGGCCUUUGUGGCAGCGCCUCUGUUUUUCACUUAAGUGAAUCUUAAGUGACUCCCUGCCUCACGUUCUCAAGAGAACGAGCGACCACCAGUGAACUUUCUGAUAGGGUGAGCGGGAUGAGCAGGAGAAAGGGGCAGCUGCUGUCCAGUCUUCACUUCAAUCAUAAGUAAAGUGGACGACAGAUGGACGGAAACCGCGGCCCCAAUGUAUUUCGAUGCAUGGACCUCACAAUUCCUUGUCUUGGGUGUGGCAAGAGGGUGGGGCUUUCUAUAUAUUUAUAUAUAUUUAUAUAUAUAUAAACAUACCCCUUUCACCCCUUGGAGCGCCUGAGCACCGUAGCAGGAGGCUACACAUGAUGUGAUCUACUGAGAACAACAGGAUGACAGGAUUUCUUUCACGACUACACCUUUUCAUUCAGUCAUUUAUUUUUUUACUUUUUAUUGAUGAUUUGAUUUGAUUUCUUUGAUUUUAAUUCUAGCCUUUGGUGCCUCAAGCCUUUUAUUAUUCAUUCCCUUAUAUUGUACAUCUUUUUACAUACAUUUUGUGCUUUGGCUUUGUGGAAAUGCUGAAAGAAUAUAAAAUGUUUAAUAGGGCUGCACAAUAUGAAGCUUCAGCAUCACCAUUGCAGUGUACACAUAUGCAGUAUUCACAUUACAGAACACACAAUGUCAUAUUGUAUCAAACAUCUAUCAGAGUUGGAUUCUUUUUUGCUUAAUAUCAUUUAUUUUACUCCAACCUUAGAUAAGUAAUUGACUGAAUUAUUAAAAGCAUGGCAUGUUGGAUCACUGAUAUUUGGUGAAAUCAGUGUGAACGUGGUGUUAAAUUAUGUAAUUUGUAAUCAACGCAAUAUUUAUUGCACAUAAACAACUAUAACCUAACUAAAUGUACAUUUUUCCCAGUAUUGUGCAGCCCUAAUGUUUUAUAAGGAAUACAAUAUUGAAGAUGAUUGAAGGUACAGACACACAAACAGAUAUACACACUGUUCGCACGUUGUUAACGCAGUUAAGUGCACUGAAACAGAAGUGUUGUGUUGUUUUUGAAAUGCUAAAAGCUAAUUUGUAGGGCUUCGCAUUGAGAAGGGACGUCGUUUACAGGGUUGUUCUUUUUUUUUACGCCUCAAAGAAGGAAUGCACUCCACUGUGCGAAAGCUAACAAAGCUAAUGCUAAUCUCUCCAAAUGCCAUUCUCACAGGUGCUUCUGGUUUUGAUUUUAUUAUUUGCUUCACCACCUCUUAUAGUGUAGAUUCAAUGUAAAUAUUUCCAAACACAAAAAUUCCAGUCAAAGCAAGGAGGUGCAGCGUAGAAACCUCUUGGUCUCCAAGCUCAAGUUAACAUUGUCUACCAGAGCAGUGUUAUGUGCAGAAGAAAACAGUGAGUGAUGUGACAUUCCAGAGCCAUUUGAAACAACCUGGUCAUGUAGUUUUAGCCAUUUUCUGACUUUUUGGUCAUUUUAGCUAUAAAAAUAUUGGCUAGGUGGCCAAAUCUGCAGCCAAAGGAGACUUUGGACAGAAUCUUUUCUACAUCACAUCUCAUCAGCCUGAGCUGCCUGUUCUUUGCUUUGGAUCUGUUGGGCAUUUUUAUUCAUUUUUGAAGCAGCCACAUGGCAGCUUGUUUUUUUAUUAUUAUUAUUGUUUGUUGUUUGUAUAUACAGUUUGUAUUAACUCAAAAAAUCUGCAUUCGCUUUUAUACGUUAUAAGUAAUGCAGCGUUAAUUUUAUACUUAAGCAUAUUGCUGUCAACAGAGGCAUUCCUUCUAACGUGGGGUAGCUUUGAAGGUCUUUUUACCUUUCAGUAUUAUACAUACAACAGUGUUCUGUGGAGUUCUGCACUGAAAUGUGAGGAGAUAGUAAAGAAUGAAUGCCAGCUAAGCAUGGACAGAAGGAGUUUUAUUAGUUCUAUUGUCCUAUCUCCACUCUAUUGUAUCGUUAAUAUUAUUACACUAUGCCAUAAUACAGUGCAGUUUAUGUUAGGGCCCUUACUUUCAGUCUAUUAUGUGUUAGACAGCCGAUUGGUCGCACUGUUCACUGGCCGCUCCCUUUAUGUCAAAAGCGGAGUGAUGACAGUAGUGAAGUAAGAAUACACCACAUGCAGUAUUCACGCGCUAUGUAAUGUAAUAUAGCCCCGCCCCCUCCAUAAUCCUUGUUACAUUGAAUGUACAUGAAUAUAUGUAUAGUGGACUAUGCGUGUGCAGUUAAAUAUUUGCUCAUUUGACGAAAAGUGCAAUUUAUACUUCUCUUCUAUGUAUUGACAUGUGAACCAUAUUCAGUAUACGAAUGCAAAUCAAAGUUACACACAUUUAUUAUUGUAAGUUAUACAAAUAUUUGUUAAUCACUUUUACAUUGGCACUGGGGACUUUUGUUUUGAUUUUAAAAGUGCAAGUAUGAGCGAAAACAAGUCUCAAAGCUAAUAGAAUAAGACUACAACAUUCUCACAUUCUCACAUGAUUAGUUUUUCAGUUUUCAGACUUUCAUUUAGUUCUGUGUCCUUAUAGCAGUCACACUAUGUGGCUCUGUUAUCAAGCCAUUAAGGUUUUAAAAUUUUCUUAAAUCUGUUGUGUAUUAAAAUGUGUCUCCAUUUAUUGCUUUCACACUUUAUGAAACAAUGUUCAAUGAUGUUUUGUCGAACUGUAUCUUAGUACAUUUCAUUUUGAAUGCAUGAGAGCCAAAUGCAUCUUUAAAACUUCUUUUCUUUGAACAUUUGCAUAACAUAUUUUCUAUAUUUUCAACAUCGGUGCUGUACAACAAGUUGCAUUUUUAUUAAGGUUGUUGUCUUUAUUUUUUUUUUGUGUCAGAAGUGGAAAAUUCCACUUUUCAUAAAUGAUCACUGUUGAAAUGCCCAGGAUCUCUGAUCACAUUUUUUAAAGUUGUUUUUUUAUGUCCGCACAUUUCUUUAAUACAAUUAGCCCCC